AUGGCACAAGCUGUGGCCACUUUGUCGCAGCAGCCCAUCUCAACUCUUCCUACACGCAUGACAGCACUGCCUACACUCCUCUCAGGGCCUGGCUCCCUGAGCUCUAGCGACGGUCGGAAUCGCGCAUUCGAUCUGAGUCCACCCGACUCAGAAUCAGACGCCUCUCUAGUACCUCCUGACGAUGGCAUCGACGUUCAUCCCCGAUUAAUUGCGAGGGGAAGGGUUUUAUUACAAGCAUACCAAAAUCAGCGGCGGUUGCAAAGAAGGGGCGAGUGUACCUCAAGAGUGGUACCCCAACAUGGCUACAAGACGAACACAACGGUGUAUAAUUUUCAACGUUUGCUGGACUCGAGUCAGGAAAAUCGCGAUUUGAAUUGUAUCUCGCCAGAAAAGCACAUUGUGGCGGUUGAAGCUCCUCCAGUGAAGACUAAUGAAGUUGAGGAGGUUUUGUUUCCGCCUCUACUUGUGAAUGCACCUCCACCUCGUAGAACGACUAUCGGACCUGUUGUUGGGGAUUUUAAUCUAAAACCUUUGCCUGCUUUCAAGUUGAUCGAGAACCAGCUACCACUUUUGAAAAACAAGAACGAGAAGAGCUGGACAGAUUUUACGCAAUUGCUCACGACCAAUGGGCAGAUGAUGGACCUUGUCGACGCCCAGUUGGGUGAGAUUUGGGCUAAGUUGGCUGCUGCCGAGGACGAGGCGUCGGAAGGUCAAACCUUGGUGGAUAAGUGGAGUCAAGUAGUUGCCCAGUUGUUGCGGCAGAAACGAGAUGCUGAAAAAGCACUUGCUAGAUUGGUGGAGGUGCUGGGGUCACGAGCAUUCUUGGCUGGAAAACUAAUGGAUGACGCGGUGCAAUUUGUAAGCAACCAGCUAAGGCUCGAACUAGAGACAUUGCAUCGAUUCACAGAAAAGGUAAAGCAGGAGACGGCGGUCUGCGAGAAGGAGGACCUGCAUGCAAGCAGAAGUGAACGAGGUGAUGGUAAAGAGUUAUUGUGGAGACAGCAAUUGCAGGAAAGAGUGCAACAGCUGCAAGCCAGUCAAGCUGAUGUAGCAAAGUUGGAGGACCAAUUGAUGCAGCAGAAGAGAAAGGCAGCAGACGAAAAGACGCAGUUGCAACAAGCUCUGGAGGUAAAGCUGCGCGAAGUGGAUGCUCUCUGCAGUGGUGUUGUUUUACCUGUGGACUAUGAGCGUAUUCGAACGGCAGAAGGUGUAGUUUGCUAUCGCCGGAAAGGGUCUGAUGACAGCAAUGUGCUGGAAGAUCCCCGUGUACCUAUUGCAAUCGAACUGCGCUCAGGUCGAACUUUAGCGCGUGCAGUCGACCAGGAACCUGGUCUUACCCCGGAUGACAUUGUGAGCGCCGUUGAUGUGCAUAGUCACUUGGCCCUCGAUCAUGCUGCCGAUGGUGAUGAAACGCGUCGCUCUUUCUCGACACCGCAUGUCAUGCAAAGCAGCGAUGUGGCGGAGAACAUUCACGUCUCUCUCGAUGGCAGUCGCAAACAUUCGAUCGAAGACUUUACGCCACCACUGCCCUCUGGAUGGGAGAUGCGAGUGACACUUUCGGGUGCUAUCUUUUUCUAUAACAAAUUUACGUCUACCACUGCGUGGACAGAUCCGCGUCUGCUUGGAGCAGAACAUGCACCAUCCUCACCGAGCGAUCAUGCAAGCCAGGAACAGCCGCUUGUUUGCAAUUCGAGUGGCGUAACGUUCGAGUCCCAGCCGUCGCGGCCUGACUCGAUCACCACUCAUGCUGAAAGCAUGAGUGAUGAAUUCCACUACAUCGAUGUGGUGUUUAAAGAUCGUGGCCCGAUCGGGGUCCGUUUCCACGCCAAUGUGCCAGACUUGGGCGCGACUGUGGCGAGCUUGGCACCGGACAUGGCCGCUUCCGUCAAGGGUGUUAUAGCGCCGGAUGAUGAGCUGAUUGCAGUGAACAAGAAUGCCGUAGAUUCUGCGCCAUUUCGUCACGUGAUGCUGUUGCUACAAGGAGGUUUGCGGCCUCUAACGCUUACUUUUAAGCGUGCUCGUAAGGAAGCACAGCGUCCGAUAGACCCUGGCUCAGCCUUUCCGUCAGUUAAUGGUGGCGUUUUGAUCGUUGAAAGUGGUGAUGCGUCCGACACGUUGUUUGACGACGAAGGUGUGAUCGACGAAGGAACAGUUGUCGACUUGGAGCAGCUCCGAGUUCCAACAGCAUCACCGCAUCUCACAGCUGGACAUCGGUACGAUAGCGAAGCGAGUAUGAACGUCGCUGACGUCAUCAUCACGAACAUCUUUUCACUCUUCUGGAAGCCAGGAUCUUCAAGUGUGGACUAG